UCGCGAACCCUAUCCCGCACGCGUCGAGCGACCCGCGAUCAACUCCAUCCGCCGCCUGCCACGAGCGCACAGCGAGCCGCGCGCAUUCGCCUAGCUUGUUCGCGCUGGCCGCGACCUGCCUGCCACCUGGCGCGCGUCACCAACAGGCGCUCUGUAGACUCUCUUCGGCGGCCGUACAGCUCAGAAACCCGCACCGGUAGCCUAUCGAUUGCGGUGCUGUCCACAGUACAUAUUGGAUGGGCCAAAGUUGCGCCUGACUCGACUCACUGGCCCAAGGAGCGCUCAUGGCUCGACCCGCUUGGCCUCAGCGCAGAUUGUAGCUGUUUCCGAAACCAUGCAAGUCGACUUUGGCGCAGAGUCGGAGCAUAGCUUACAUCUCUCGUCCCACGGUCACUUUGAACAUUCCACCCACGGCAGUCCGGCAUUCUCGCCGUUCCGCCAUCCUGCCCUACCAACAAUCGACCCAGGUCUUGAGCAAAGUGCCGCGAACCGUAAUGGACAUCCUCCCAUGUCAUCCGUCCACCACUCCGCCCCGCCAAACCACCUCCUGCAGGCGGACAAUGCCUCCAUGGGGAGCGGCCACCUCGCCCACGCCUUCUAUGGCGACAUGUCGCGCGCCUCGCAGACGCCCUCGACGCCGUCCAAUGCUUCGCCGCGCUUCUCAGCGAUAUCUCCAGCUAGUCAGUCGAAGCAGAUGACCUCGAACUACGUUCCGACCGACCGUCCAACUCCCUCGCGCGAUGUUUCAGACGAUACGCUUGACCAAGCCUACGCAACCUUCAUCUUGUAUUGCAAUCCGAACUUCUCGACUGCGACCGAUACAUCCGAGUUGACGCGACUCUUUCGGACCCCUCCAAAGAGUGACGGCAAGUCGUUUAGUACUUGGGCGCUCUUUGAGCUCAUACGGAAAUUCAAUGCAGGGGAUAUCAAGACGUGGACACAAUUGGCGCUCGAUCUGGGUGUAGAACGGCCGGAUACAGACAAGGGGCAGAGCACGCAGAAAGUCCAGCAAUACUCUGUCCGCCUGAAGCGAUGGAUGCGCGCGAUGCAUAUCGAUGCUUUUUUCGAAUACAUGCUGGGUAAACAACAUCCGUACUACCUACAAAUACCGUCGCCUCACAACCCGUUCCCGGAGAACGGACGUGAUGGCGUGCCCCUGGAAGAGGACCUGGCGAUCAGAGCUCUCGAUCCGAAGUUCCGCCCGAAGCGCGGACGCAGGAAAGCAGACGAGGGCGAAGACGACGUAGACAUGAUCGACCACUCACCGGCUCCCAAACGUCCUCAGCUAGACACGUCCAUACCUUUUGGAAAUAUUCUGCAACCGCAGUCUGCGUAUCCAGGCAGCGCCCACCCAGAUCACAUGGAAGGCUUCUUAGGAGCCCAUGAUCCAUGGACGGGAUCUGCUAUUACACCAUCCUCCGCUUUGACAGCGGCAUCAGCACCUGGCCGAAUGAACCCGAACAAGAACCUUACGCCGUAUUCAGCAUCACCCAUGUCAGGGCAGCAGCUCCGAUGGCGCUUGAACACGCAGGAUAACCCGACCACACCGCAUCCCCUAUCCGCUGUCACACCACACUCAGCUCACCCGGAUUUCUUCGACGAACCUCAAUCCGCAAUCACCCCGUCGAGCUCAAAACGAUCGCGACGACGUCACGGACCCGCGGUUUCCUCGGCAUGGCCCAGCAACAGCGCUUCUUCAACAGGCAAGCUUCGCGGCAGACCGCCGAGUAAUCGCUCCGUUCGCGACGGGCCCUUUGUCACGUUCCCCGCCAACCCCAAAACCAAGGAGGGACCCACGAUAGAUGUGAACAGGAAUCCAGGAAACCUGACGCCGAUCGUGGAGCGAGCCCACUCAGACCCUCCGGCUGCAGAGCACCACUUUCGCUUCCCUCCGACCCCAGCCUCAGCCGUUUCACCCACGAACAUGGACGCCCAGAUUCCGAACGCGUCUCAGCGCGGCCAUAGACUGAGUCUGCAGGUGCCGCAGAGUCUCGGGAAUCCCGUGCGGCUGGCCACGCCCACGGUGCUGGUGAAUGGGCAGGAGAACGACGCCUCGACGAGCACCACAAGUCAACGCGCGGGCCCGCUGUACGACCAGCCCACCGAGCAAGCCCAGCACCAGCACCACCCAACAUCCUCGCCCGCAAGCCAAUUCCAAAACGCCUCCCCCCAGCAAGCGCAAACCCAAGCAUCGAUCCAGACCAAGGCUCCAUCCCCGCUCCCCAGCAUCCCCCCCGACGCCCUCAAGCGCGCCCUCGCCGCCUCCCUCAUCCGCGCCCCCCUCACCGGCCGCCGCAAGCGCCUCUCCGGCACCGAAGCCAAGGCCCUCGCCUCCGCCAUCCUCUCGCCCCUUGCCCCUCCCACCAACCCACCCUCCGCCCCCGCAGCCAAAACACUGUCCGAGCCCGCCCUCGCCAUCUCCAUAGCCAGCUGUCUGGGCCUCACCUCCGCCGUCGGCCUCGGCGCCGGCGGUCCCACCGGCGGCGUCAAGCGCGUCGAAUGCGUGCGGUUCCGCGUCGGCGGCGACGGGUACGAGUCCCCCGUGUCCUCGGACUUCUCCUCGCCCGAAGGCGAAGCCGGCCCUGAAACUGGAACCGUGCGCGAGUCGUUCGAUGUGUUUUUUGGCGUGAGUUUUGGGCCGGGGCUGGUCGGGGAGUGGGUCGUCAAGGGCGUGGGUGCUGCGGGGGAGGAGAAGUCAGAGGCAGAGGGGUUGGGACAGGGGCAGACGACGACGGCGGCGGGGUGGAAGGGAAGGUUUGAGGCUGUGCAGAGGAAGUUGGAGGAGAGGGAGGAGGAGGCGAGGGUGUUGAGGGAGAGGGUGUUGGAGGCGGUUUUGUAGGGUGGGUUGGGAUGGGGAGGGCAAGGCGGAGGCUUGCUUCGGCACUGGUUUGGGGCGCGAUGUUGCAUUUGGAUACUCGUGAGCGGAUCUUGAUACCC